AUGGAGUCAGAGGAGUCGAGCUGGAGAAACAAAAGGCUGCGUGUCCCGGAGGACGCCGCUCAGUUUCUGCUCCAUUUCCUGCUCUUCAGUCACCUGGAUCUAGACCUGGACCUGGACCUGGACCAGGACCAGGACCAGGACCUGAGCUAUAGAACGACCACACGGCGGCUACAGAACGACCACACGGCGGCUACAGAACGACCACACGGCAGCUACAGAACGACCACACGGCGGCUACAGAACGACCACACGGCGGCUACAGAACGACCACACGGCAGCUACAGAACGACCACACGGCGGCUACAGAACGACCACACGGCGGCUACAGAACGACCACACAGCGGCUACAGAACGACCACACGGCGGCUACAGAACGACCACACGGCGGCUACAGAACGACCACACGGCAGCUACAGAACGACCACACAGCGGCUACAGAACGACCACACGGCGGCUACAGAACGACCACACGGCAGCUACAGAACGACCACACAGCGGCUACAGAACGACCACACGGCGGCUACAGAACGACCACACAGCGGCUACAGAACGACCACACGGCGGCUACAGAACGACCACACGGCGGCUACAGAACGACCACACAGCGGCUACAGAACGACCACACGGCGGCUACAGAACGACCACACGGCAGCUACAGAACGACCACACGGCGGCUACAGAACGACCACACGGCAGCUACAGAACGACCACACGGCGGCUACAGAACGACCACACGGCAGCUACAGAACGACCACACGGCAGCUACAGAACGACCACACGGCGGCUACAGAACGACCACACGGCGGCUACAGAACGACCACACGGCGGCUACAGAACGACCACACGGCAGCUACAGAACGACCACACGGCAGCUACAGAACGACCACACGGCAGCUACAGAACGACCACACGGCGGCUACAGAACGACCACACGGCAGCUACAGAACGACCACACGGCGGCUACAGAACGACCACACGGCGGCUACAGAACGACCACACGGCGCGGCUACAGAACGACCACACGGCAGCUACAGAACGACCACACACGGCGGCUACAGACACACACGCGGCUACAAACGACCAGCGCUACAGAACGACCACACGGCGCACAGACGACCACACGGCGGGCUACAGAACGACCACACGGCUACGAACGACCACACGGCGCUACAGAACGACCACACGGCGGCUACAGAACGACCACACGGCGGCAGCUACAGAACGACCACACAGCAGCUACAGAACGACCACACGGCGGCUACAGAACGACCACACGGCGGCUACAGAACGACCACACGGCAGCUACAGAACGACCACACGGCGGCUACAGAACGACCACACGGCGGCUACAGAACGACCACACAGCUAGUUUAG